CGGUCACAGCAUAAGUAAGACUCGCGCUUUGGGCCUCAGUGCCUGGUCUAGGCCCGCUAACGGCUGCACAGUUGAGAAGACAGUUGUGCAAGGGGCGCCCCGACGGCACUCCGAGUACAGAAGCUUCUGCGCUAGCCAGCCCACUUUUCCGCUGCCGUUUAAGGAGUAGCGCUUCGGUAGCCGGGGAGCUGGAGGGGAACCUGAUUUGAGAUCAAUUCUUGGAGAACACAAAGAAGUGUGGUGCUAUGUUCCAGUGAUGGAUAUCAAACCUAGUGAGUCAUCAUGCUAGGCAGAACAGGACUGAACCAGCUGCCCUUUGACCCUGCCAACAACAACGAACCCCUGCAGUUUGGUAGUGCCACUGGCCCUCUGGUCACAGAUGGCCUCAUUGAGAAUGGAGGGGAAUCGAGCAAGAAAAGAAAGAGAACAAAUGCUCCUUCAGCUGAUAAUAGUAGAACUCUGAAUGUAGAUUCCACGGCAAUGACGCUACCUAUGUCUGAUCCAACUGCAUGGGCCACAGCAAUGAAUAAUCUUGGAAUGGCUCCACUGGGAAUUGCUGGACAACCAAUUUUACCUGACUUUGAUCCUGCCCUUGGAAUGAUGACUGGAAUUCCACCAAUAACUCCAAUGAUGCCUGGUUUGGGAAUAGUACCACCACCAAUUCCUCCAGAUAUGCCAGUAGCAAAGGAGAUCAUACACUGUAAAAGCUGCACACUCUUCCCUCCCAACCCAAAUCUGCCACCACCUGCAACUCGAGAAAGACCACCAGGAUGCAAAACAGUAUUUGUGGGUGGCUUGCCUGAAAAUGGGACAGAACAGAUCAUUGUGGAAGUAUUUGAGCAAUGCGGAGAGAUCAUUGCCAUCCGGAAGAGCAAAAAGAACUUCUGUCACAUUCGCUUUGCUGAGGAGUAUAUGGUGGAUAAAGCCCUUUAUCUUUCUGGUUACCGGAUUCGCCUGGGUUCUAGUACUGACAAAAAGGACACCGGCCGCCUCCAUGUUGAUUUUGCACAGGCUCGGGAUGACCUGUAUGAGUGGGAAUGUAAACAGCGAAUGCUUGCAAGAGAGGAACGCCACCGUAGGCGAAUGGAAGAAGAAAGACUUCGCCCACCAUCCCCACCCCCAGUGGUCCACUAUUCAGAUCACGAAUGCAGCAUUGUUGCUGAAAAACUAAAAGAUGAUUCCAAAUUCUCAGAAGCUGUGCAGACCUUGCUCACCUGGAUAGAGAGAGGAGAGGUGAACCGUCGCAGUGCCAACAACUUCUACUCCAUGAUCCAGUCGGCCAACAGCCAUGUCCGCCGCCUGGUGAAUGAGAAAGCUACCCAUGAGAAAGAUAUGGAAGAAGCAAAGGAGAAGUUCAAGCAGGCCCUUUCUGGAAUUCUCAUUCAAUUUGAGCAAAUAGUAGCUGUGUACCAUUCUGCUUCCAAACAGAAGGCAUGGGACCACUUCACAAAAGCCCAGCGUAAAAACAUCAGUGUCUGGUGCAAACAAGCUGAGGAAAUUCGCAACAUUCAUAAUGAUGAAUUAAUGGGAAUCAGACGAGAAGAAGAAAUGGAAAUGUCUGAUGAUGAAAUAGAAGAAGCAGCAGAAACAAAAGAAACUGAAGAAUCAGCCUUAGUAUCACAGACAGAAGCUUUGAAGGAAGAAAAUGACAGCCUCCGUUGGCAGCUAGAUGCCUAUCGGAAUGAGGUAGAACUGCUCAAGCAAGAACAAGGCAAAGCUCACCGGGAAGAUGACCCAAACAAAGAACAGCAGCUGAAACUCCUGCAACAAGCCCUCCAAGGAAUGCAACAGCAUCUGCUCAAGGUCCAAGAUGAAUACAAAAGGAAAGAAGCUGAACUUGAAAAAAUCAAAGAUGACAAGUUACAGGUGGAAAAAAUGCUGGAAACUCUUAAAGAACAGGAAAGCUGUGCUUCUAGACUGUGCGCAUCAAGCCAGGAAAGUGACUACCCUCUUGAGAAGACCAUGACCAGCAGUCCUAUCAAAUCGGAACGUGAAGCACUGCUAGUGGGGAUUAUCUCCACAUUCCUUCAUGUGCACCCAUUCGGAGCAAGCAUUGAAUACAUCUGUUCCUACUUGCACCGUCUUGAUAAUAAGAUCUGCACCAGUGAUGUGGAAUGUCUCAUGGGUAGACUCCAGCAUACCUUCAGACAGGAAAUGACCGGAGUCGGAGCCAGCCUAGAGAAGAGAUGGAAAUUCUGUGGCUUUGAGGGCUUGAAGUUGACCUGAAUCUCUUCACCCAACAACUUCAGAUCUUAAAAAUAAAUACGUGCUGGACAAGCUUAGGUUUUGUAUUUUCUGUGGUUUUCAAGUGGAAGUUGUUUUAAUUUGUCAGUUCAUUCCUGGGAUAUCUUUCAAGUUAAAAUAAGGAUCCUAAAGCAGCACCUCGAGCUACAGGUCCUGAAAAGAAAUUGCCUCAAACCUCAAGUGCUGUAACUUCCUCCUGUUUUUGGCAAUUGGUUGUCUUUUAUUAAUAGUAUUGAAAAAGUCCUAAGGCUAAAGAGUAUUUGGAGUGUUUUCAGUGUCUGUACUACUGUUGUUAGACCUUGGAAUUUUUUUUUUAAAUACUGUUAACUGAAAUGUUUUGAUGAUUUGUAUGUGAUUUGUGUUUCCAGAUUUCCCUUUACAUUAAUGUUGCUACUGGUAAAAGGAACAAGAAGAGCAGUAGGUGUUCUGCAUAACUGCCAUUGUCUUUCCAAUCCCCAGUAGAUCAGUAACCAAACAUGCCAUCAGUGUCUUCUAGAAGGUGCUUGACCAGUUCACCUUUGAAACAAGAAAGCAUGAUCUGUGGCUUUUUGCAAAAAUGCUUUGAACCAAAAGUUGACAAAUGUUCCAAAGUUAUUUUCUUCAAUAGAUAAAAGGUCUGUUUCUGAAUUUUACAAAAGGAAACCUGGAUGGAUUCACAGAAAUCAAGUAUCCAGUAUGACUAGCGAGUGUGUGUGCUUUUCAGUACCGCUUGUAAAUACUCUGCGUUUAAAAGAGGGCAUGUUUAGUUUUCUAUGAAUUAAAAUGCACUCAGGCGUGGGCACACAUGCACACACAUUAGCAGAAGGAACUUAUUUAAAUAUUCUUUCCCCUCUGGCCUUCUAACAGUCUGUUGGUCCCCUUUUAUUCUGCUGUUAGUAUGUUGAAUUGCAAACUGUGUACUGCUGUAAAUAUUAUUUACUUCAUGCUGAAUAUUUGUAAAGAAUUGAUAUGAAUAUUAAUAGUAAUGACCUAAUGAAUAAAUAGUGGUCUAGAGUAUGUGAGGCUUUCUGAAAAUAAGUCAAUUUCACCUGGAAUUCUGAUAGUUCAGUGGUGCCCACCAGCAGAUUACAAUGGCCUCUCCGAGUGUAAGUGGACCAUUCAAGAAGUCCUGCUUGGUAGAAAAAGAAAGGAAAGGGUGGAAAUUUGGGGCUGUUAUACUAAGGUGUGGAAAUAGUCUUUAAUUUAUUAAUUUUUGUGGUGGUGAUGGUGGUGCUUAUAAUUACACAAGCAUGUCCUCGCUUGAGCUCAGUUGAAAGUAACAAUACACUGAGUAAGCAUAGCCAGCGGAGUGUAUUUCAUGAAAAUACUUUGCAAUUGAGAUGCCAGUGGUGUUCACAGAUGUAUUUUUAAAAUAUAAAUAUUCCUUUUUGUACCUCA